AAAGUAUUUAACUCCCAUUGCAAUUAUUCUCUCACAUAGUGAUCACCAUUACGGAUGCAAGUUCUCCGUUUUUAAGCACUGCGCCACUGAAACUGAUUCAAUUACUUUGUUCUGCACUGGGGGCGCCAUGUAAAAAAAUUGUCCUCCUACCUGAUUGGACAAAAUUCUAUAAACGCGGCAGCCAAUAGGUGAAUAGAUUGUUGCUAUAAGAACGACCCCGAUCUGCAGUUGCAGUUAUUCUUCAAGGUUUGUGAAAAUUAAAAAAAAAAAAUGAGCGGAAGAGGAAAGACCGGUGGUAAGGCGAGAGCGAAGGCUAAGACCCGUUCAUCCAGAGCUGGGCUUCAGUUUCCGGUAGGUCGUGUUCACCGCUUGCUUCGUAAAGGAAACUAUGCGGAGCGCGUGGGUGCCGGUGCUCCAGUUUAUCUGGCCGCCGUGCUCGAGUAUCUGACUGCUGAGAUUCUGGAGUUGGCUGGUAAUGCAGCUAGAGACAACAAGAAAACCCGCAUCAUUCCCAGACAUCUGCAGCUGGCGGUGCGUAAUGACGAAGAGUUGAACAAGCUCCUCGGAGGCGUCACUAUCGCUCAGGGUGGAGUUCUGCCCAACAUUCAAGCUGUACUGCUUCCCAAGAAAACCGAAAAAGCCGCGAAGGCCAAGUAAUUCCUGCAUUGUUCACACGAGCAUCUUUAAUCCAAAGGCUCUUUUAAGAGCCACC